AUGUUGGGGACCUGCCUCAGGCUCCUGGUCUGGGCUCUGUGUGGUGUCUGCAGCAUGCGCAUCAUCAGAGCCUAUCCCAACACCUCUCCACUGUUGGCCUCCAACUGGGGCGGCCUGACUCACCUGUACACUGCCACGGCCAGGAACAGCUACCACCUGCAGAUCCACAAGGACUGCCAAGUGGAUGGCACACCCCAUCAGACCAUCUACAGUGCCCUGCUGAUCAGAUCAGAGGAUGCUGGCUUUGUGGUGAUCACAGGUGUGAUGAGUAGGAGAUUCCUCUGUAUGGAUUUCAGAGGCAACAUUUUUGGAUCACAUUACUUCAACCUGGACAACUGCAGGUUCAGGCACCAGACGCUGGAGAAUGGCUAUGACAUCUACCACUCCCCCCAGCACCAUUUCCUGGUCAGCUUGGGCCGGGCCAAGAGGGCCUUCCUGCCAGGCAUGAACCCGCCGCCCUACUCCCAGUUCCUGUCCCGGAGGAACCUCAUCCCGCUGAUCCACUUCAACACCCCGAUGCCGCGCUGGGGUUUCAUUUCCCCCACCCUACACCCCCGCUUCUUGGUAUAA